AUGAGUCGGUCUUGGUAAAGUGAGUGAAGCUGUUUCAAAGACCCUCGAGAAAGAGGAGUCCAUGCUAAUUGCGUCGUGAGUUUUACAUGGUUCCUUCGUCCCCGUCCCUACGGCCGAUUCGUCGUUAAUCCUCGGCCCUGCCUUUGCCCUGGUGCCCAGAUUCAAGCCCGGAAAGACUCCACCCUCUUGAGUUUUCACGAUUUCGGAUUGGGGUCUUAUUGAGUCUAUUUAUUGCCGGGUUGGUUGGUUCCCAGUCGUGGCUUAAGCGCGCCACCCACUUCUAGAGUCCACCAGACCGGUGUGUGUGUGUGUGUGUGUGCACGUGGAACUUGGACUGGGGCGUUGAAAUAGCCCUUGGCUGGCUUGAGAAGAACUCCGUGGGUGUUGAGAGGAACCUGCUGCCGUUCUCCCGGUGCCCGCCCGAGGAGGACCCGCUCGAGGAGGACCCGCCCGGCUGUUUAGAGGGCUGACUAGCCGUCCGAUUGAUUGAUCGCUAGCUUUCUAGACUGGUGUUGCUGUGCUUUGCCGCCAUUUGAGAAAUUGGCCAUGGGCUUGGAUCCGCAACGAGUUCACAAUGCCUUGACGAAGCUUCAGGAGGAUCAAUAUGAUCUGGAAGCGUGGAGUUUGGUGAUUAAGGAUGCUCAAUCCAGAAAGAUCGAAGAGUCUCGAGACACCUUCGAGAGGUUGGUGUCAGUGUUUCCAACCAGUGGGAGAUUUUGGAAACAGUACAUUGAACAAGAGACGAGGUCCCGGAAUUUCGAACGAGUCGAAAAGCUGUUCACGCGUUGUCUCAUCAAGGUCCUCAAUAUCGAUUUGUGGAAGACCUACUUGAACUACGUGAAAGAGACCAAGUCCAUGCUGCCAAAUUACAAAGAGAAAAUGGCCCAAGCGUAUGACUUUGCCCUUGACAAGAUGGGCAUGGACAUUGCUUCCUAUCCAAUUUGGAACGAUUACGUGACCUUUCUGAAAAACGUCGAGGCUGUGGGCUCGUACGCGGAAAAUCAGAAGAUCAUGGCCAUUCGAAAAGUUUAUCAUCGUGGGGUUAUAAAUCCUAUGAUAAAUAUAGAAAAUUUAUGGAAGAACUACGUGGUCUUUGAGCAAGGCAUCAACCCAAUCUUGGCGGAAAAAAUGACCAACGAGCGGAGUAGGGACUACAUGAAUGCACGCCGAGUGGCCAAGGAAUACGAGGCUUGUACUCGAGGUCUUAACAAAUCCACACCCUGCGUUCCACCCACUGGAACGCAGGAUGAAUUGAAACAAGUUGAAGUGUGGCAAAACUAUAUUGCCUGGGAACGCUCUAAUCCCUUACGAGUCGAGGACCAAGCUUUGAUCACGAAACGAGUGAUGUUCGCCUACGAGCAGGCCUUGCUGUGCUUGGGACACCAUCCCAAUAUUUGGUACGAGGCCGCCGUGUACUUGCAAGAAAGCUCCAAACAACUUGCUGAGAAAGGGGAUGUGGAUGCCUCGAAGAUGUAUUUGGACCAAGCCUCAACCAUGUAUGAACGCGCAAAGUCAAGUGUCCUCAAGAAUUCGUUGUUACUCCAUUUUGCCUAUGCUGAUUUUGAAGAGCAGCAAAUGCGAUUCGAAAAGGUCAACCAAAUCUAUCAAAGUUAUCUAGAAAUCAAGGAGAUUGAUCCCACUCUUUGCUACAUUCAGUACAUGAAAUUUUCCCAUCGGACCGAAGGCAAGAACGCAUCUCGAUUGAUCUUCAAAAAGGCUCGUGAGGAUCCUCGUGUAUCGCAUCACGUGUUUGUAGCCGCCGCUCUAAUGGAAUACUAUUGUACUAAGGACCAAAAGAUUGCAUCGAACGUUUUUGAACUUGGAUUCAAGCGUUAUAAGGCCAAUGAAGAAUAUAUCCUCGCUUACAUCGACUACCUCUCCCAUCUGAAUGAGGAUAACAAUACUCGGGUCUUGUUUGAACGGGCCCUUUCAUCGGGAUCACUGAAAGCAGAGCAGCAAAUAGACAUUUGGAACAAGUUCCUGGAAUUUGAGGCAAACAUCGGGGACAUGACAACCAUUAUCAAGGUUGCCCAAAGACGUGCCCAAGCUUUGGAACAAGAAUUCGGUGAGAUGAGCGCCACCUCACAAUUGAUAGAUCGUUACAAGUUCUUGGAACUGUACCCAUGUUCCAAGGAUGAACUGACAAUUCUGGGUUAUAAAGCCAUCGGAUCUCAAAAAAUUCCCCAUGGGAUGGCUCUAUCGAAAGAAAUCCUGCCCAUCCAAGCCAAUGGUGUAGGUCCUUCAGUGGUCACUGACCACGAUACCGUGACUCGACCUGACACUGGGAUGAUGACUCCAUUUAAGCCCAAAGUCAAAUGGAUCCCUGGGGAACAUCGAGUGCCCGGAGGUGGUUUUCCCAUGCCACCAGCUGCCGCUGAGCUCUGCCAGAACUUACCUCCUCCACAAUCGUUCCAAGGCCCGUUUGUUGUCGUUGACAGACUCAUGGAAUUAUUCACUCACAUUUCGCUUCCGGACAAGCUUGAGGUGGCUGAGAGCAAUGGACACAGUACAAAACAAUUCGAAACAGCCCGCUCAACAACGUGGGCGGUGGACAAUGGGCCCCAAGAAUCCCGAAAACGCAAGUCGGGUGGUGCCGCCCUUCCGGCAGGAGGGGGCGCAGGCGGAGGGGCCGAUGAGUCGGAUGACGACUCCUCCAAUAUUUCUGCUCCGAUCAACGACAUCUACCGGAAACGCCAACAGAAGAGAAUGCGAUGAGCCAAUUAAUCAGCACCAAUCCACAUGGAUGAACGAGACAUCUAUUUAUUUUGUCAAAAUUGAAACGUAUCUCUGGCUAAUAAAAAGUGAAAAGAGGACAA